UGUUCGCAGUGCACUCGCAGUGCACGUGUGCAGUGCGUUGUGCGUGACACAUGUACAGUUCGUUGUGUGUACAGUACGGGCGAGGCUGCUGCUGCUCCUGCUGAUUUCGUCAGAGACGUGCAGCGAGAGGCGGGCGGAGCAAGCCAGAGGGGGGCUUCAGGAGGCCGGGAGGUGUAUCAGGGGUAGCCGGGAGGAGCCUCCAGACCCAACAACACCGACAACAACAACGAGGAGGAGAGGGAGCAGACUGGGACCGACACUGGAGCAGAGAAGAGGAUCCGUCGCCAUCCGCCUCCUCCACUCCUCCUCGCUGCUCCCCCUACCGAGCUGGAUUCAAUGUCGACCCCGAGGGGGGCUCUGGUGCUCGGCCUCGAUCUCAGCACCCAGCAGUACCCAAGGUGGUGUUCACAUUCACGAGGACAAGCUGACGGUGACCUCGCCAGUGCUGAUGUGGGUGGAGGCUAUAGAUUUGACACUGGAACGACUGGUGCAGUCUGGUGUAGAUCUGUCACAAGUGGCGGUGCUAUCUGGCAGUGGCCAGCAACACGGUUCAGUGUACUGGCGACAGGGAGCUGGGGAAACCCUUCACAACGUCCCAGCCUCUAGCCCCCUCCACCUGACCUUGCAGGGGUGCUUCUCGCUGGACGAGGUGCCUGUGUGGAUGGACUCGAGCACGGCCACUGAGUGCAGGCAGCUGGAGAAGGCUCUGGGUGGUGCUCAGUCCUUGGCGGACAUCACAGGCUCUCGUGCCUACGAGCGAUUCACGGGGAACCAGAUCGCCAAGGUUUACCGCACUUGGCCCAGGGCAUACGAGGACACAGAGCGGAUCUCACUGGUGAGCAGCUUUGCUGCAUCCCUUUUCCUCGGUGACUAUGCAACGAUUGACUACAGUGAUGGCUCGGGGAUGAAUCUUUUGGACAUUCGAAAGAAGUGCUGGACCAAGCGCUGCCUGGAUGCAUGUGCUCCCAACCUUGCUGAGAAGCUUGGGGAGCUUGUGCCGUCGCACACCGUGCUGGGACCGGUGUCUUCAUACCUGGUGCAGCGCUAUGGGUUCUCUCCCAAUUGCCAGGUGGUGGCUUUCAGCGGUGACAACCCAGGUUCCUUGGCUGGCAUGAGACUCCAAUCGGGUGACAUUGCGGUGAGCCUGGGGACCAGCGACACGGUUUUCCUGUGGCUGAAAGAGCCACGGCCGGCACUGGAAGGACACGUGUUCUGCAACCCCAUCUGCCAGGAAGCCUACAUGGCCCUUAUCUGCUUCAAGAAUGCGUCGCUGACACGGGAGCGCGUGCGGGACCGCUGUGCUGCAGGAUCGUGGGAAGAGUUCUCCAGGGCUCUGAGAGCCACACCGCCUGGAAACGGAGGAAACAUCGGGUUUUAUUUCGACACGAUGGAGAUUACGCCACCGGCGGUGGGCGUUCACCGCUUCAAUGCCGAUGACGAGAAGGUGCAGGCGUUUGCAGAUGACGUGGAGGUGCGGGCGCUUGUGGAGGGGCAGUUCCUGGCCAAGCGCGUCCACGCCGAGGGCCUUGGCUACCGCACCGCUGGCAAGGAUGGGCCCGGCCCAUUUGCUCAGACCGAACCAGAGACGCGCAUACUGGCAACUGGAGGAGCCUCCUCCAAUAAGGACAUUCUCCAAGUCCUGGCAGACGUGUUCAACGUGCCGGUGUACACGUUGGACACCGCCAACUCGGCUUGCCUGGGAGCCGCCUACAGAGCCAAACAUGGUCUACUCGCCGCUUCGGGGCUAUCCUUCUCGGACACGGUGCGCGCCGCUCCCUCCUGCCAGCUCGCCACGCGGCCCAGCCAAGACUCUGCCAAGGUUUAUGCAGCCAUGUUGGAACGCUUCCAGCGUCUGGAGCAGACCUUGGUGGGUCCAUGAAGGCCAUGACGGUCUCCCUUGCCCUACGUGAAGAUCUGCAGGGCCUCGCACCCAUCAGCAUGGCCCCGCAUUUGGAGCAUCUCCUUGAGCUUCGAGGAACACAACUCAACAUUCCACAACGUCGUGGACCAUGGAUGUUCACAGCAGGUGCAUAGUAAGGACGAUUAGAAAGGUCACGGAACAUACAGUGACAGAUUGACGUGUACUAUAUGUCGCACUCAUCUCUGUUGGCGUCCCAGAUCCAGUGUGUAAUUGAACAUUCCUGUAGUGGGAGCCCAGUCUCUCCAUAGCACUACGAUUGUUGACUCCCCACAAAGCAGUAUUCCUUUUAGUGAUUCAAGGGAUAAUGGGCUGACUCAACUCUAAACCACAAUUUUACCCAUAACCUUAAAAUUGUUAGACAGUGCCACCUGGCCAAUAAUGUACACAUCAUGCAAAACAAUCAUUAUGUACUGUCUCAGUAGAUUAUGAGUAACCAUAAAUACAGAGGUAAUGUGAUUGUAUAAUUCCUCAAAUUAAAUACACAUUUAAUCCACAAUCGUAUUACUGAUUCCCGAUAUAAGAGACAACGCCCUGCUGAUGAGACUCGGUGAAUCUGCAAGGCAAUCAUAUUAUUUUCCAUGUUUUAAAAACUGUAGAGCUUUUGCGUUUUGAGAUGACCAAAACGUUAACCGGGCCACUGGGAAGGGAGGUGUUGCCAUGCUGUUUACAGUCAGCAUUACCAAAUGCAGGAAAACAGACAUUGCCAAAUUCAAUGUAUUUAACACUACAAUUUCCAUGCCCUGAAAAUGUGUCAGAUUUGCCACUCACAUUCAAAGUAUUAGGACGCUGCAUGUGGGUGCCUUGGGAAACACUGAGUUUUUGAAGGCUUACCUGUGAAUGGACUUUAAAACAUUCCUUACAUGUUUAUAUACUAUUCCUGGUCAUGGUGCACACUGGAUUGUCCGCUUCAAUGAGAUUCACUUUGAAAUCAUACAGAACAUUGUGGAGCUCAGCGGCAAGUGUGCGCUAUCGAGUUUGCAUCGAGUGGAUAUCUCAAUUCCCACAGCCACCAAAGUGUCAUCUGCUCUUGGGGGAUAAAGGUCUGUCCGUGGUAUGCAGACCUCGUGGAGAAUAAUCUAAAAAUGUGACAAAAUUUUCUUCAGAAAUGCUUACAAUUGUGAAAUAAAUCCACUUGUGUCGCAAACCAUUUCCAAGAUUUCCUCGUCACAUACGAUGUCAAUGGGAUCUUUCAGGUGAUGGAUCAUUAUUAAACUGCCCAAACAAGGGAAUAUCACCGGUAUUGUUAAUGUUUAGUUUUAAAAAGAUUGCCUUUGGGAAGCACAUACUGUAUUGCCACCAAAGAUUAAAGUGUUUCCAUGUUCAUUAAACCAGCUGUGCCAAUGCUCAACUCCAUUGACGCCAUUGAGCCAGAGGAGGAAACGUAACAUUCCUGGCGUUACGCAGGAUGAUUGUAAAGGCCAUUCGUAGAUGUUGUGCCAUAUAGGAGAAAAAUACAUUAAUUUACAUAUUAGUAUGAGUAUAUGUUCUAUACAAAUGUUCGAUUCAUUCUAAAGUUUGUGUUUUUUGUUUGUGGGGAUUCACUUGUUUCCUCAGGUGUUGGCAAUGUACGUAAAAUAGUUCAAUAAUCCCAAGAUGGCGACAGGGCAGGAAAAAGCUCUCCAUGGGCGUUGUGGUUCAUGUUGAAUUUAAAUCAAGUCUCUCGUGUUAGAAGACAGCAAGCUAAGCUCUAGGGCUGACUGAGCUUAAACAAGUGACUGGUAUUAUAUAAGACGUUGUUGUGGGCGAGGGUCUAGAGAAGUGAAGCGCCAUCUGAGCAGAUGAUUCCGUUUAAAUAAACCAAGGGUGUCAUUGACCCUAACCACUUCAGUAUGCCUACAAGGUCCCAAAAUCUGAUAUCUCUUUCUUUGACCAAUUGUGUUGGAGGAUCUGUUAAAUGAAGAUAAAUAAUUGUGUAUAAAAUGUAAUCCACCACAAACCUUUGCCAAGAAAUGUGGCAAUGAUAACAAUUGCAGGUAGAAUGUUCACGAUUGUUUUGCCAAAAAUCUUCAAGAUAAUAAUUCUAAUGUAAAAUGCGCAUUCCAUCCCAGGAUCCAAAUGCACAAUGCAUGAAAAACAGGAAACAAAACCAGAACCAAGGCAACCGACCAAACUACAGAGUGAAGGCCACUUUAUGGAGAUGGUUUUUCAAAGCAGACAAAUAUAUCUACCGACUCUGAUUGCUUGAUUUCGAGUGGCAAGGCGUUCCAUAGCUUGGGUUCCACGUUAACAAAAGCCUGAUCACCAAAAAAGUGGAACCUAUCGACUUGGGAGUACUGGGCAGUUGUAGAUCAGAAGAUCUUAAGGACCUUGGUGAUAGACUACAACAGUGUGAACACAAUAAAGGACACGAGGUUUAAGUCUGUAGAUAGGAAAUCACGGCGGUAAAACAUGUGUUAUCGUACGCUCUAAGGCAUAUUUAACAUUUGUAGCAUUUGGCAUCAAAAUAUGAUUUCCUCAAAACCGUGGAACUUAUGAUUGAGCAACUUGUGCUCAGAAGAUAAGGUUCAACAAGAACACUUAACUCAACAACACAGUAUAAGUACCAUUUUAGAAAUAGCUGAGCAGAGGGACCCAGGAACAAAAUGCCAGUGUUAAUGAGAAGACUUUUUCCCAGAUGCCUCAGUCUCAGCCAUGUUAAUGAUCACAAGUUGACCAUAUGGGGAUCCAUACCAAGGGAGCAUCCAAUUGCCAGUAUAAGAAGGUGUUCUUCACAAUGUGUUUUUAUAUUAACUCUGCUUAAAAGUGGAACGUCUCAUCAGCACUCUUAUGAGUUGGCGUCAUAACACGUGGGGAUGCCAUGUUCUCGGGAUAGUUGUGUUUUGGGUUCUUUCUGCUGUUAGAUUUUAAACACAAUUUUUUGUUGUAGUAGUUUUUUUGAUAACCCCCCCCCCACACGGUGCCACCGUUGGUCUAACUGAUGUCUGAUGAUGUGCAAAUCAGAUCGUCUUCUUUAGGGAAACACCUCUAAUUUGCUAUUAAAAUGUAACACUAUUUUAAAAAAAAAUACUAUAACAGUAACCAAAAAGUGCUGUUUUCUCUCAGCAGAGACUCCUCCACCUAAUAAUGUGAUCUAAUAUACAUUCAUUUUUUUGUAUAUGUAAACAAACCGUACAUUUUAAUGGCACGUUUUAAAUGUAUAUCACGGCGUACAAGGGAAGUGUUUCACAAUUGUGGAUUAAAUAUGCAAAUUAACAAGCGCAUAAUGCUAUGUUUAGCACGUAAUGUGGUUCCAAAAAAAAAUAAUUUCAGAAUAAUUUGCAUACUUAAGAAGCUAUGUGAAAUACAAAACAAAAUACAUGAAGUAUAGUAAAUGUCUUUGAAUUAUUAUUUCGAUUCGUUGACUAAUGACUGAGGUGAUUGAAGGUCUGUGCUGUAUUUAUGUGAUUAAAUUAUGAAAUAAUUAAUCGCGUGACUUAAUUUUUCUCCAAAGCCUUGAUUUCCAUUACGUAAUAAAGCAAAUCAUUUCAUACGGUAAUUGAAAAGAACGAGGGGCAUGAUUCUCGGCAGUCUCUUGCAGACAUAGGAGCAAAUUAGACUUUUCCCACCAAACAUGUACAGAAACUGCCUUUCCGCUCACAAUAAUUGAAGCCUUUUCUUGUGGAAAUAAAGUGGCUUAAGUAAAAAGCAUCUUUAAAUUACAUUUCAGAAGCAACAGCAAGAACAAACCCUUGAGGAAACAUCAAUGGUGAGUCACUCACGACUCCCAUAUCCUGCUCAUUUUCCAGCCAGUCAGCCGCU